GAGGAUUGUUGCUUUACGACUGCUCUACGGCAGCAAGUUGCACGCCUUUGCCCGGCAUGGCUUCCAAGGACGUGGGGAGAUCCGCGCUGCGCGCUCUCCGAGAUUUGCCGCGCGUCUCCCUCAUCAACCUCAAGCCCAACCCCGGCUCCCGCAAGAGGGAAACGCAGAGGGGCCGUGGCCGCGUUCACCAGGGAGGCAAGAGCGGCCGCGGCCACAAGGGACAACGACAACGCAGCACGCGGCCGCGCCUGGGCUUCGAGGGCGGGCAGACGCCCUUCUACAUCGUGGUACCCAAGUACGGAUACAACAAGGACCACAGCCUCCGCCGCCAGUACCAGCCCUUGAGCCUGGCACGGCUGCAGUACCUAAUCGACCUGGGCCGAGUGGACCCGACGCAGCCGAUUGACCUCACUCAGCUCGUCAACGCUCGCGGUCUCAACGUCAGCCACCAGGAGUAUGGCGUCCAGCUCGUGGAAGAGGGGGCGGACACGUUCCAGGCGAGGGUGAACAUUGAGGUGCAGAUGGCGAGCGAGCUCGCCAUUGCCGCCAUUGAGAAGAACGGCGGCGUCAUCACCACUUCGUUCUACGACCCACGCAGUCUUGAGAUCCUGUGCAGGCCCGUGCUUUUCUUCAUGCGGGGGCAGCCCAUCCCCAAGCGGAUGCUGCCUCCGGAGGAUCUGCUGCCAGGCUACAUGAGCGGCGAGCGGCGGGGCUACCUCGCCGACCCGGCCGCCGUGGCCGAGGCGAGGCUGCUGCUCGCACGGCGCUACGGCUACGCGCUGCCCGGCGUUUCCCCCACCGCCGCCAUCGUCGCCCUCCUGGCCGCCCGCAAGGACCCGCGCCAGAUCUUCUAUGGGCUCGCGCCGGGCUGGGUCGUGAGCCUGACUGAGCGCGCCAUCUACAAGCCCACGAAAGAAGAGUUGUUGCAGUACUAUGCCUCGUGAGGGCUGGGGGUGGGGGAGAUAGAAGCCAGGGCGGUGGGGGGAGUUGUAUAACAGGUAAUUUGUUUAUUGUAGGGCCGAUGGCGUAGAUGCAGAGCAACAGCUACAACUUCACAUUCAGACGGUCAAGGCAGAUGACUGCGUCAGGAGCGGCGGAGUGUCUCGCUGUGACGUCUCCUCCGUAUUUGUGGAUCGGGAAUUGCGUCGUUAUACGUUGUACGGUACGUUCUGGAUGACCACAGUUGCACACCGGAAGGUUUUGACUGUUCCAUUUGUGCAUGAGGUAUCCGCAUUACUGCCAUUCUUGUGAUGAAGGUAGAGGCAGACUGGUGCCUUCUGGUUGCACUGCCGUCUGUUCUGCCCAUGUGGUAAUCCUGCAGUCUUCAACACCUGUUGUGAAUGGUGGACACCCUUAAAAAAACUAUCCACACUCAACGCAGCUUUGCUUCUGAGGUCCGAUGAGGUCAUUGGGCCCUUCUAAAUCGUGACAUCAGAAUUGCAAAUGUAAAUAUAUGUUCCGGGUGAGAGUCUAGGAUCGUAAUAAAGACGUUUAGAGGUCGACGAUUUUCGAAUGGGGCGAGGGGAGGUGGUCCUGCAUUGUGCGCGUUUUGUGGGCGCGAUGUCUCUUUGCUGAUGAGGCAUUCGUGUACAGUAUUCGUAUGAAAACAAAACUCAAAGCACUAAUAAACCAGUGUCUCUACACUUGA